UGGGAGGGACGCGAAGAUGGCGGCUGCCGCCGGCGGGCUCUGUGUGAGGAGCAGUAGAGAACUGUGGACCAUUCUGCUUGGAAGAUCAGCUCUUAGAGAGCUAAAUCAGAUCGAGUCAGAGUUGAAUAAACACUGGCAGCGGCUGCUAGAGGGACUUUCAUACUACAAACCUCCCAGUGCAAGUUCAGCAGAAAAAGUGAAAGCUAAUAAAGAUGUGGCUCCACCACUGAAGGAGCUGGGGUUGAGGAUCAGCAAAUUUUUGGGCCUUGAUGAAGAGCAGAGUGUGCAGUUACUUCAGUGUUACCUUCAAGAGGACUAUAGAGGGACCCGGGACUCACUAAAGACAGUACUGCAAGAUGAGAGACAGAGCCAGGCUCUAAUACUGAAGAUUGCAGAUUAUUACUAUGAAGAGAGGACCUGUAUUCUACGUUGUGUAUUACAUUUACUCACUUAUUUCCAGGAUGAGAGGCAUCCCUACAGGGUUGAGUACUCUGAAUGUGUUGAUAAAUUGGAGAAGGAGCUAGUCACCAAGUACCGGCAACAGUUUGAGGAGCUCUACAAAACAGAAGCGCCAACAUGGGAAACACAUGGAAAUCUCAUGACUGAGCGUCAAGUGUCCCGAUGGUUUGUUCAAUGCCUGAGGGAGCAGUCAAUGCUGCUGGAAAUAAUUUUCCUUUAUUAUGCCUACUUUGAGAUGGUUCCUGGUGACCUGCUGCUAUUAACUAAGAUGUUCAAAGCACAAGGGUUUGGGUGUAGGCAGACCAAUAGACAUUUGGUGGAUGAAAGCAUGGAUCCUUUUGUGGAUCGGAUUGGCUAUUUCAGUGCCCUUAUCCUGGUAGAGGGAAUGGAUAUUGACUCAUUACAUAAAUGUGCUUUGGAUGAUAGGACAGAGCUCCAUCAAUUUGCCCAGGAUGGGCUUGUAUGUCAGAAUAUGGACCACCUGAUGUUGACCUUAGGAGACAUCCCUCAUCAUGCCCCUGUGCUUUUGGCUUGGGCUUUACUCCGUCACACCUUAAAUCCAGAAGAAACAAGUAGUGUCAUCAGGAGGAUGGGUAGCACAGCCAUCCAGCUCAAUGUAUUCCAGUACCUGACACGGCUGCUCCGAUCACUAGCCAGUGGAGGAAAUAAUUGUACAACCAGUACUGCUUGCAUGUGUGUCUAUGGACUGCUUUCUUUUGUUCUCACCUCACUGGAGUUACACACUUUAGGCAACCAGCAAGAUGUCAUUGAUACAGCAUGUGAAGUUCUAGCAGACCCUUCUCUUCCAGAACUCUUUUGGGGAACGGAACCAACUUCUGGGCUAGGGAUCAUCCUGGACAGUGUGUGUGGAAUGUUCCCCCAUCUCCUCUCUCCUCUUUUGCAGUUGCUCAGAGCUCUUGUGUCAGGGAAAUCCACAGCCAAAAAGGUAUAUAGUUUCCUGGAUAAAAUGUCUUUCUACAAUGAGCUUUAUAAACAUAGGCCUCAUGAUGUGAUCUCACAUGAAGAUGGGACCCUCUGGCGGAGGCAGACACCAAAACUCCUUUACCCUCUUGGGGGUCAGACUAAUCUUCGUAUACCUCAGGGCACAGUAGGUCAGGUAAUGCUGGAUGACCGUGCUUACCUAGUGCGCUGGGAAUACUCCUACAGCAGCUGGACUCUGUUCACUUGUGAGAUUGAAAUGCUACUGCAUGUUGUAUCAACAGCAGAUGUAAUUCAGCACUGCCAGCGGGUCAAACCUAUCAUUGACCUGGUUCACAAAGUCAUCAGCACUGAUUUGUCCAUAGCUGAUUGUCUCCUGCCAAUCACAUCACGAAUCUACAUGUUACUGCAGAGGUUAACAACUGUGAUCUCUCCUCCUGUGGAUGUCAUUGCUUCCUGUGUCAAUUGUUUAACGGUAUUAGCUGCCCGGAAUCCAGCUAAAGUCUGGACUGAUCUUCGCCACACAGGGUUUCUGCCAUUUGUAGCCCAUCCAGUCUCCAAUAUGAGUCAGAUGAUUAGUGCUGAGGGAAUGAAUGCAGGGGGCUAUGGAAACCUCUUGAUGAAUAGUGAGCAGCCACAGGGUGAAUAUGGUGUUACCAUUGCCUUUUUGCGUUUAAUCACCACUCUUGUCAAGGGACAGCUUGGUAGCACCCAGAGCCAAGGGCUGGCCCCUUGCAUCAUGUUUGUGUUGAAGGAGAUGCUUCCCAGCUAUCAUAAGUGGCGUUACAAUGCCCAUGGAGUGAGAGAGCAAAUUGGCUGUCUGAUCCUUGAGCUGAUCCAUGCAAUUCUGAAUCUGUGCCAUGAGUCUGACAUUCACAACAGCCAUUCCCCUAGUUUACAGUCUCUGUGCAUCUGCAGCCUGGCCAACACCGAAGCUGGCCAAGCAGUCAUCAACAUCAUGGGCAUUGGUGUAGAUACCAUUGACAUGGUGAUGGCAGCUCAGCCCAGAUGUGAUGGGGCAGAGGGCCAGGGGCAAGGCCAGCUACUUAUUAAGACUGUGAAACUGGCAUUCUCAGUGACCAAUAAUGUCAUUAGACUGAAACCUCCUUCUAAUGUGGUAUCUCCCCUGGAACAGGCACUCACUCAACAUGGUGCCCAUGGGAACAACCUUAUUGCUGUUUUGGCCAAAUACAUUUAUCAUAAACAUGACCCUGCCUUGCCACGACUUGCCAUCCAGCUACUGAAACGUUUGGCAACGGUUGCCCCGAUGUCUGUGUAUGCUUGCCUCGGCAGCGAUGCAGCUGCUAUCCGGGAUGCCUUUCUGACCAGGCUGCAAAGCAAGAUUGAGGAUAUGCGUAUCAAAGUCAUGAUCUUAGAGUUUCUUACUGUUGCUGUGGAGACCCAACCUGGACUCAUUGAGCUCUUUCUGAAUCUUGAAGUAAAGGAUGGGAGUGAUGGCUCCAAGGAAUUCAGUCUUGGGGAAUGGAGCUGUCUCCAGGUAGUACUUGAGUUAAUUGAUUCAAAACAGCAAGAUAGAUAUUGGUGUCCACCCCUGCUACACCGUGCUGCGAUAGCUUUUCUACAUGCUCUAUGGCAGGACCGCCGGGACAGUGCCAUGCUGGUUCUCAGGACCAAACCAAAGUUUUGGGAGAAUUUGACCAGCCCAUUAUUUGGGACUCUUUCUCCUCCCUCAGAAACAUCCGAGCCCAGUGUCCUGGAGACCUGUGCCUUAAUUAUGAAGAUCAUUUGUUUGGAAAUAUAUUAUGUAGUUAAGGGUUCACUGGACCAGUCCCUAAAAGACACACUCAAGAAAUUCUCCAGUGAGAAACGUUUUGCCUAUUGGUCAGGUUAUAUCAAAUCUUUGGCAGAUCACAUGGCAGAGACAGAAGGAAGUGGCUGCACCUCUCUGGUGGAGUACCAGAUGUUGAUCUCUGCCUGGCGGAUGCUUCUCAUUAUUGCCACCAGUCAUGCAGAUAUAAUGCAUUUGAAUGAUUCUGUUGUUCGACGUCACUUAUUUCUUGAUGUUCUUGCUGGGACUAAAGCUUUAUUGCUGGUCCCAACAUCAGUGAACUGCCUGAGGCUGGGAUCCAUGCUAUGUACUCUGCUGCUUAUCUUGCUUCGACAGUGGACGAGAGAUUUGGGUUCUGUGGAUGAAAUCCUUAGCUCCUUGAUGGAGAUUCUAGAGGGAAUCCUACAGGCAGACCAGCAGCUGAUGGAAAAGGCUAAGGCCAAAGUGUUCUCAGCCCUCCUUACUGUCCUCCAGAUGAAAGAAUUGAAAGUGAGUGAUAUCACACAAUACUCCCAGCUGGUGCUAAAUGUCUGUGAGACCCUUCAGGAAGAAGUGAUUGCCCUCUUUGACCAGACCCGUCACAGCCUGGCCUCUGGCAGUGUGUCAGAGGACAAGGACAGCAUGGAGACAGAUGACUACUCACGGCUUCGGCACAAGGACCAGCGGGAUGGGCAGGUAUGUGUUCUGGGCCUACACUUGGCCAAAGAGUUAUGUGAAGUGGAUGAGGAUGGAGACUCUUGGCUUCAGGUUACCCGUAGGAUCCCUAUUCUGCCUACUCUGUUCACCACCCUGGAGGUGAGCCUGAGAAUGAAGCAAAACCUGCACUUUACUGAAGCCUCGCUGCACCUUCUGUUUACCUUGGCCCGAACCCAGCAGGGUGCAGCAGCUGUGGCUGGAGCUGGCAUUACCCAGAGCAUCUGCUUGCCCCUUUUAAGUGUGUACCAACUCAGCACCAAUGGAACAGUACAGACUCCUGGUGCCUCUCGAAAGUCCUUUGAUGCCCCUUCUUGGCCUGGAGUCUACCGCCUGUCCAUGUCCUUGAUGGAACGUCUGCUCAAAACCCUACGUUAUAAUUUCCUGACUGAAGCCCUGGACUUUGUGGGUGUUCAUCAAGAGCGAAUUCUGCAGUGCCUCAAUGCAGUAAGGACAGUGCAGAGUUUGGCCUGUCUAGAGGAAGCUGAUCACACUGUAGGCUUUAUCCUGCAGCUCUCCAACUUCAUGAAGGAGUGGCAAUUUCAUCUGCCACAGCUCCUGAGAGACAUACAGGUAAACCUGUGUUACCUCUGUCAGGCUUGCACCUCCCUCCUGCACAGCCGCAAGAUGCUGCAGCACUAUUUACAGAACAAAAAUGGAAGCGACGCCAUGCCUUCAGCUGUGACUCCUCGAGUCCAACGCCCCUCCCAGCCCAUGUCCUCGAAGCAGCCUAAUCCCGAUGGUGAGGCUGCUGAACAAAAGGCUCUGCGCAUGGUCCAGUAUAGCCUCCUGAAAAUUCUCAGCAAGACGCUGGCUGCCCUGCGUCACUUCACCCCUGAUGUCUGCCAGAUCCUUUUGGACCAGUCCCUAGAUCUUGCUGAAUACAAUAUCCUUUUUGCCUUGAGCUUCACAACCCCAACCUUCGACUCUGAUGUGGCUCCCUCUUUUGGGACUCUCCUAGCCACAGUGAAUGUGGCCCUCAAUAUGUUGGGAGAGUUGGACAAGAAAAAGGAACCCCUGUCCCAGGCUGUGGGGCUGAGCACACAGGUGGAGGGGAUCAGAACACUGAAGUCCCUCUUGAUGUUUACGAUGGAAAAUUGCUUCUACCUGCUGAUCUCCCAGGCUGUACGCUACCUGAGGGACCCAGCCGUGCACCCCAGGGACAAACAACGAAUGAAGCAGGAGCUCAGCUCAGAAUUGAGUACAUUGCUCUCCAGCCUUUCCCGUUACUUUCGCCGUGGAGCCCCCACUUCCCCAGCUGCUGGAGUCCUUCCUUCUCCUCAAGGCAAGCCAGCCUCAACUUCCAAAGCAGGCCCUGAAAGCCAGGAACCUCUGAUUCAGCUAGUCCAGGCCUUUGUCCAGCACGUACAGAGAUAGGGCAGUUGGCUUUUCCACAGGCCACUCCUUCCAGCCAGCCUAAGGGCUGUCAUCCUAAGAGAACCCCACCCCACCCCACCCCACGAAAGCACCUCUUACAGGAAACAAAUGGUCCAAGCAGGUUCUCUAGGGGAACCUAUCCUUAUUUUUGUAUCUCACCAUCCGGUUGGGGGAGGAUAGUGGAAUCAGAGGAUCAGUUUUCUUAAAUACUUGUAUAAAAAACACCCCACAAAAACAUAUUCCUUUCCUGUGAGCAUUCCUCGUUGCUGCUCAUAGCAGCUGGGCCCAUCUUCCCUCAGCACAUCCUGUCCUGAGUGAGGCCAGCCCCCACUGCCAGCUGGGUGAGAGGUGUGUGUGCCAUGUACAGUUCAGACAAGAGGCCGUAUGCACGGGUUUGAAACGUCUCUUUACAUGCUGUGUUAUUGCAUUUUUUGUAACUGCUCUAUUUAUACAAAUAUUAAAACAUUGUUUAUAGACACA